ACUCCGAAACAUUUGCUUCCACCAGGAGGCUCUGGUAGUCAUUUAGUCGACAGUACCUUGGAACACUAAUACAAAUGCACGUCAGCCAGUGCUUGUAAAAUGUAGUUCAUCGUCAUGAUUCGUGAUGUUUAAAAAUGAUUGCAUCAGGACGACUGGGCAUGAUGGUUUCAGGUUACCUCAAAGUAAGGUUGUCCUUGUUGGGAGAGAUGUGCACACCUGUAAUGCCAAGUGCUUGAGAGUCCAAGGCAAAAGGAUCACAAGUCCAAGGCCAGCCUGGGCAUCUUAGACCCUGGCUCAAAAAACCAAACCAAAACAACAACAACAAAAGGCCAGGAUAUAGCUUAGUGGAAUUAUUCUUUAACAAACUGAAAAUGAAUGAAAAUAAAGAUACUGAUUCAAAAGAAAGUGGAGAAUAUGAAGAUGACUUUGAAAAGGACCUCGAGUGGUUAAUUAAUGAAAAAGAAAUUGAUCCCAGCAAAAUAGAGAAGGAACUCCGGAAACAGCUAGAAAAGAAGAGAGAAAAGCUUAAGAGAGAAGUAAGAAUACAAGAAGAACAACGGAAAAUAGAAGAAGAGAAACAAAAGAAAAAAGAGAACGACAUGGUCUUCAAAGCAUGGUUGCAAAAAAAGAGAGAAAAGGUUCUAGAAAUGAGGAGACUCCAGCGAGCUAAGCAAAUUGAGGACAUGAACAGCAGACAAGAAGACAGAGAUCCACAAAAAGCUUUCCGAUUAUGGCUUAAGAAAAAGCAUGAGGAGCAGAUGAAAGAAAGAAAGUCAGAAGAAGUAAGAAAGCAAGAGGAAUGCUUAUUCUUCCUCAAAGGAACAGAAGGCCGGGAAAAGGCUUUUAAACAAUGGCUAAGAAGGAAACGAAUAGAGAAAAUAGCAGAGCAGCAGGCUGUUGAAGAGAGAGCUAGACAGCUACGACUAGAAGCAAGGCGUUCGAAACACUUACAGAACUACCUGUAUAAUAUGUCAGAAGCCAGAUCUUUUCGCUUUGCUGAUCAUUAUAACUGAAGGAAUCUAUUAAACAUCUGGUAGCUGCUAUUAUCAAAAUUUUGGAUAUCAUUUUUUAUGGUUCUUGUGUCUUGGUAAUACGCUAAAUUAUGAAUACUCUUAAAUUAUGGUAUUUAUCUUUUGGUGAUACUGCUAUUUUUAACACUAACAAAAUAAAUUCAGUUUUGGAA